AUGAAUCCACAAGCCUCGUUGCAAAACGUGGAUGAUGAUGGUGCCCCUGCCCCAAAGUCCAUUCGUGAAACAAGUCCAACGAGCAAUGCGACAACGCUCGAUGACGACUACGUUGAAAUUCACGACGAUGUCUAUAAUAUGUUUUUCUUGUCGAAUAUAGGGGGGCAGGCGUUCUUUUACGCAGCGUACGUAUUCUUUUUAAAGCUGACACUGUACACGUUCCUGGUAAUUGAUGCAUUGGACGAAGAGUCUUCCGAAAUCACCGACCCAAAAGUGCUCGCGGCGCAGUUCCUCAUGUUACCGAUAGCCGUUGCUAUGCAAGAGGACCUGAUUGCAACUUACUACCUAAUUGCAAACGUAAAAUUCGAAGACAGUCUGACACUAGCGAACCCUGGUGCCCGAAAAUGGAAGUUUCACGCCGCGAACUUAGCUCGAGGGAUCGACGGUGUGUACAGCUUGUUGGUCAAUUUUGUCAUUUUGAUAAAAGCAACUGCCGUGCUUCCAAUGUUUUUGAAUUUCGCAGCGCUCCAGUUUCUUCAGACAAUCGAUAACUUGGCUCUCAGGUUGGCCGAGCACGGCUAUGUGACAGAGCGAUUGGAACUUGUGGCCCACAAUGUCAAGACAGCGCGACUCCCACAAAAGAGAAACAAAUUUUAUCGGGCUUUGGAUUCGAUUUUCUUCUUGACUACUUUUGCUUUUUUAUUGACCGCUUGGGCGAUCAUUAGCUUCGCUAAGUAG